CACCAUGGCCAGCCACCUCAACGCCAUCCUCGGCCAUCUCGACGCCAUCGAACCCCUCUGCCAACACAUGUCCCUCCCCCUCACCUCCCCCAACUCUCGCUACCUAGCGUUCACAGUCUGUGAACGCUUCCAGAUCCUGCACCGCCUUGUAUCGAGGUCCAUUCCCCAAGCUGACGACGAACACCCUGCCAACGAUGUCUACGCCUGCCUCCGAAACUAUGACCACUACGGUGACGUACCGGAAUACGACGACUGGCAUGAACCACGCAGCGACAACGAUCCACACAGUGACGAAGAGCUGCGCAGUGACAAAGAGCCGGGUGACGACGAGCCACACGUCGAUGACGAGCCACACAUUGACGACGAGCCCAUUGACGACGAGCCCCGCGACGAGCCCAUCGACGACGAGCCCAUCGACGACGACGAACCCCGUGACGACGAGCCCCGCGACGACGAACCCCACGACGACGAACCCCGCGACGACGAGCCCCGCGACCCAAGAGACGCUGCCAUAGCUCUCCGCAUCACCCGCAUCCUCAGCACUCUCGGCGCUAGCCCUCCCUCCCCAUCGGAUGUCGCACUCCUCCUCAUUGGCGAUCACCCAAAGCACAAGCUCGCAGACCUCGAGGACGCCGCAUUCAUCCGCCUCCUCUCGGGCCUCCCACGCGCGUCACUCAAUGACUGGGCCGACGUCUUUGAUGCUUCCGCCGACACCAUCGUCACCAUGGCUGACAUCGUCGCCCACUCCGCCAAUCACGACACCGUCGCAAGCAUCUCGCAACGCCUUCAACUCCGCCACACUGCUCUCGUCACAACCCAGUCCGCCCACACCGCUCACACUGCCGUCCAUCGCAUCUUGCUCCAGAUCGACACCAUCAAAUUCGCCACCGACUGGCAGGCCCGCCAGCAGCUCCCCCGCGGCAAAAAGUGGACCACCACCUUCUUCCGCACUUCCUUCAUGCAAGACCCCGCCUUCUCCCACGAGUUCCUCGGCCUCACCGAGAACGCGGCAAACGCCAGAUUCGCCCUCCUCUCCCCCCAAUUCAAGACCUGGCGCAACUCCGCCCGCCUCACCAUCUCCUCCCGCAAUCGUCUGCUCAAAAUGUACAAUACGUUUGGCCCAGCCGUCCUUCUCGACCCUAUCUGGGCUGCAACCAGCCUCGUCCGCGGUCGUUCCCGUGCCUUCAUUCCCGUCCUCGAUGCCAUCGCACAUCAUCUCGACAACGCAGAUCCUUCGUCCCUUCCUUCCCCUUCGCACGCCAGCAGCGCUCUCAUCAACAUCACCACCGUCCUCGCAGGUGACCUCGUCGGCACGCACGUCAAACACUUCCUCGAGGAAUUCGCCCCGCAUGUCCCGUAGUACUUUCGCCCGCUUCUGUUGACUCGCAGCAAUGCUAUCGUCGCGUCCACGUCCCUGCCUUCAGC